AUGCAGCCUGUCAUUGUCGGGGUUGCCGACAUUAAGAAUCGAUCACUCGCCGUUGAAGAUGCCAAGGAACCUGCUACCUUGAUCUCAGCUGAGACUGCACAGAUCCUCCGAGAUCAUAUCGAUAGUCUGAGCGUUGUACAGACUUGGACCUGGCCCUAUCAAAAUCUGCCGGGCUUGUUGUCUCAAUGGCUCGGAGUGAAUCCCAAACACCAAACAUGUACCGAGCAUGGGGGUAACCAACCUGCCAAGCUCCUCGAUGAGGCUGCUCUGCGGAUUACACGCGGCGAAGCAACUGUAGCGGUGAUUACGGGGGGUGAAGCGCUUGCUUCUUUGGCUUCAUGUGUCAAGCAUGGCAAGAUGCCACCUCCGGGUUGGUCAUCCCCAGCUCAAAAUGUCACGGAUGUUUUCUCUCCAACCAACAGAGAGCUGAGGAAGGAUAUCGCAGGGCUACAUUCCGUGGGGUCACCAAUCCAUGUAUAUCCACUGUAUGAGAAUGGAUUCCGGGCCCACCGUGAACAGUCACUCCAGGAAAAUCAUGACGAGUCGGCUGCCCUUUACGGCUACUUCAGUAAAGUCGCAUCACGAAAUCCAUACGCCUGGAACUAUGGCGUCGAGGCCGAGACCACCACUUCGAUUGGCACCAUAUCGAAGAAAAAUCGCAUGGUCUGCUCACCAUAUCCUCUUCUGAUGAAUGCUUUCAACACUGUCAAUCUGUCUGCAGCUUGCAUCGUAACGACUACCGAGCUCGCUAGGCGACUUCAGAUACCCGAGGACAAGUGGAUCUACCCCCUCGGUGGUGCUGGUUCCAAGGAGCGUGAGAAUUUCUGGGAACGACCCAACUUCUUCCAGAGUACGGCGAUAUCCAAGGCUUUGGACACAUGUCUGAGCGUUAGCCAACUUACAUCCAAGGAGAUUGACCUCUAUGAUUUCUACUCAUGUUUCCCAAUUGUGCCAAAACUGGCGUGCCAUCACCUAGGCAUUUCGAUCAGAGAGCCCCAGAAGCCAAUUACCCUGCUGGGUGGUCUCACCUCCUUCGGUGGUGCUGGUAACAACUACUCCAUGCAUGCUAUCACUGAAAUGACCCGCCGUCUACGCCAAGGCUCCAGUCGCAAUGGACUUAUCCUUGCCAACGGUGGUGUUUUAUCUUACCAGCAUGCAAUCUGCAUGUCCUCCUCACCCCCAAAGGAGGGGACACCUUAUCCCGAUAGUGAAGUUCUAGGAAGAGGCGAAUUAGAUCCGAUUCCGCCAGUCGACUUUGAAGCAGAGGGGCCGGCAAAAAUCGAGACGUAUACCGUUGAAUUCAAACGAGAUGGGACUCCAUUGCGAGCUUACAUCGUAGGCAGGUUGACUGAUACUAAUCACCGAUUCCUGGCAAAUGAGGGCGACAAGUCGACUCUCCUACGCUUGGCUUCAUCCCAUGAGGAACCGAUAGGGAAACUUGGUACUGUCAUUGCUGAUCCCUCGGGGUUGGCGCGACCCCAAUUGCUCAGGACUCUCCGACCAAGGGCGUAUCGUCUUGGUUCACGAUCGUUAUACGGGCGGGCGACCGAGUUUCUUCAAAAUCAUGACCCCGAUCUAUCCGAAUCUCAGCGAAUGGUGCGACAAGAAAUUGCCAAGAUAUGUUCGGAUUUUCCAGAUAAUUAUUGGGCCAAGGUGGACGAGACGCACCAGUUUCCGACCGAACUGUAUGAGGCGUUGGCAUCCCAGGGCUGGCUGGGCAUUUGCUUGCCACAACGAUAUGGAGGUUCUGAGCUGGGAAUUUCAGAAGCCGCAGUGAUGAUGCAGACCAUUGCAGAGUCCGGGGGAGGGAUGACUGGUGCAUCUUCUAUCCAUAUGAACAUCUUUGGUCUUGAGCCAGUUGCCAAGUUUGGGACCGACGAACAGAAAGAACGAUGGCUCACUCCGCUCAUUGCUGGUCGCCAUAGGGCAUGUUUUGGGGUCACGGAGCCCAAUACGGGCUUGGAUACGUUGCAGUUGCAGGCCACAGCGCGUCGAUCUGGCACUGGCUACGUAUUAUCCGGGCAAAAGAUCUGGAUUUCGACGGCGCAGAGAGCGGACAAGAUUCUGAUUCUCGUGCGUACGACACCACGCGACCGAGUGAAAAAGCCGUCCCAGGGUCUUUCACUUUUCUACACUGAUCUACAGGUUCCUCAGGUCCAAAUCACCGAGAUCCCCAAAAUGGGCCGCGCGGCCGUGGAUACCAACUCCCUGUUCUUCGAUGAUUGGCAUGUCCCGGAGGUGGACCGGGUGGGACAAGAAGAUGAAGGAUUCAGGAUGAUUCUCCACGGGAUGAAUGCAGAGAGAAUUCUGAUCGGCGCAGAGGCACUCGGACUCGGCUUUGCAGCGCUGCGUCGUGCAGCCUUAUAUGCCAACGAGCGGCAGGUAUUUGGGCGACCGAUCGGGCAGAAUCAAGGGAUCCAACAUCCUCUGGCCGAUAGCUGGAUGAAACUGGAAGCAGCGCGUAUGAUGAUCUAUCAGGCGGCUCGGCUUUAUGAUCAAGGCUAUACUGAUGGUGAAUAUGCUAACGCUGGCAAAUAUCUGGCUGCCGAGGCUGCCUUCGAAGCCUGUGAGCGAGCCAUUUUGGCCCAUGGAGGGAUGGGAUAUGCGAAGGAAUAUCAUGUCGAACGGUAUCUUCGAGAGGUCUUCAUUCCUCGCAUUGCCCCGGUUAGUCGAGAGAUGAUUCUAAACUACGUAGGAGAGCGAGUGCUGGGUCUUCCCAGGUCUUACUGA